AUGGGUGAGCUACAGUUUCUGCAGAUUGUUGAGAAUUCUCAUGGAAGUAGCAGCCGAAUCCGCACUUUUCAAUCCAUCAACAUUCUUCCCUCGUUCCAACCCUUCAUUUCUCCCUUCCUCUCACCCUCAGAUCAGAUUACCCACUACCAAUUUCCACCAAGAAUUUCCCUAAAUCUGCGUUUCUCUUCUCGAAUUCCCACCAAUUGCAUCGUCCCGUCUACUCCCAACGACUUGUUCAGUUCCAGAUUCCAACAAAAUCAGGGUUUUGUUUGUAGAUUCCAACAAAGUGAGGUUCAUGGCGCUGAAGACUCGAUUACGAGUUUGAAAUUAGGGUUUUUUGUAAAUCAGAGAACCAUUGUGUUGGCUGCUACCGUUGUUGGGGUUUUAGUGUUUGGUUGCCGAGGAGUUUUUGCGGUGGAAGGGGUUGUGGAUUCGGGUUAUGGGGUUAUAGGACAGAACAUAUUGUUAUUGAAGAGUUAUUGGCCGAAACUUUCGCAGGUUCUUGGUGUUUUCAACGAGCAAGGUUUGGUUUUGGCUGCUCUUCUGGGUCUCUCUGCAUUUUUCUCUAUGGCUGAAACUUCAAUUACCACUCUUUGGCCUUGGAAGGUGCAAGAGUUGGCUGAAAAGGAAUCUGAGGAUGGUAUUUUCAAAAUGCUUAGCAUUGAUGUUACGUGGUUCCUAACAACUAUACAUAUUGGCACAACUGUGGUAAACAUUGGAGCAACUGCACCUGUCACAAAAGCAGCAACGACGAUAUUUGGUGAAGCUGGUGUGAGUGCAGCUACUGGGGUGAUGACUAUUGCUGUUUUGCUCCUCACUGAAAUUACUCCAAAAAGUAUAGCUGUUCACAACGUCACUGAGGUUAGGUUUGUGGCGGAAAUGAAGCAAUUUACAGCCAAGGUUGUGGACAUGAUGAGGCAAGAAAACUCUACGCAUCCUAAGGCGGACCCAUUGUAUAAUUGUGGGUGCAGCAUCCUAUUUCACAUUUUUACUUUGACAAAUAGUAUGUCACUUUAACUUUGUUUGUGAGUCUCAAAUUAGGUGGAUGUCAUUGUCUUGUUUAAGGUUUGUGUGGCUUGGUUGGUGAAAGUAAUUAAUUCUUCAUUAACAAGUGGAGUCAUUGAUUUUGUGUUUUGAUCUUUGAAACUUGGAUGAUGGAUUGGUGAUUUUCUAAAAAAUGUGAUCACAAGGUUGAAGGUUCA